AUGGCUGGUCACUCGUCCCUUGAGGACUUGCAGACUGAUGAGCAGCGUCGUAUUCUCGACACUGUCUCGAAAGUUCGCAAAUGUGGACUAGAAAGUGUUCUUUCCUUGCCCCAGAUUGUCGUCUGUGGUGAUCAGUCCUCUGGAAAGAGCUCGGUCCUAGAGGUUUUGACGGAGAUUCCAUUCCCAAGGAACGACAAUCUUUGCACUCGCUUCGCAACUGAGAUCAGUCUUCGCCGUGAGCUAACGAGCAGUCUGGAUUUGAAAAUCACCCCAGAUGAGAAUCGUCCAAAGCUCGAGCAGGAAAAGAUGAAAAGCUUUGGCGAGACUAUUACGGACCUCAAAGAGCUUCCACAGAUCAUGGAGAAGGCCAUGGGUGUCAUGGGUAUCUCUGAGGGCAAGAGCGCUUUUUCGAAGGACAUCCUCAGCGUUGAGAUCCAGGGCCCAGAUCGUCCUCAACUUACUUUGGUGGAUAUUCCCGGCAUCAUUCAGUCUUCGACCAGGGGCGUGUCCAAUGCGGAUGUUGCCAAGGUUUUGGAGAUUACAGAACGCUACAUUGAAAAGCAUCGAACAAUUUGCCUUGCUGUGGUUUCUGCUACUAAUGACGCCGCGAACCAGCCCAUUCUUCAGCUGCGAACCUUGGGCGUCAUCACCAAACCAGAUCUUCUCCGUGCUGGUUCAGGCUCCGAAGCCAAAUUCCUUGAACUCGCUCGCAACGAAGAUGUCAUGUUCAACCUGGAACUACCGAAGGAGAACGUUGGUAUCGAGGCCCUACGUUUGAAGCUAAGUCAACUGCUGUUCGAGCACGUGAAGAAUGAACUGCCACGCCUGCAAGACGACCUCGAGAAAGCUCUAAAGGAGCACCAAAAUGAGCUCGAUUUGCUGGGAAAACCGCGGUCCACUAAGAUGGAGUGUCGCGAGUUCUUUGUAGACCUGAACAUGCAGUCCUUCGAGCUGUACAAAGCUGGCGUGAAUGGUCACUAUGAGCAUGACUGGUUCAAGAAAGGCAAAACUCCAAUUCAGGACUGCGACAUUCCUAUUCGACGUAUACGAGCAAUAAUUCAAUGGGCAAAUACUAAAUUUGCGGAUGACUUCCGACUGAGGGGUCAUAAGUAUGAGAUCGACGUGGGCAAAUCCACAGCUGAAUCUUCAACGAAGCCAGGGGCUCUCUCCAAGCAAGACGCCCUCAAAUGGGUUAAGAAGGUCCUCCAGCGUGCUCGAGGCACCGAGUUGCUCGGCACAUUCAAUCCCAACAUGGUUGCAGAGCUUUUCUGGGAGCAAUCGGAGGCCUGGGAAAAGAUGUCAAUUAAUCACAUCGAGAAGGUCGCCAAUUUAUGCCAGCAGUUUGUAUCCGCCGUGCUGAUUUCCAUCAUCCCAAAGAGCAUCAAGGACCGCGUUUGGUCUUCGAUGGUUGCUCCUGCUCUUCAGCAACGCUGCCAAGAAGCCCUCGCGGAGCUGGACAAGCUUUUGGCUGACUGCAAAGACUUUCCCAUCAACUACAAUCACUACUACACGGACACAGUCCACAUGAAACGUCAGCAGCGGAUGCUAGAGCAGCUAGGGGACCAUGUUCCCGAUGACAUCGACUUCGACGACCAGGGCAAGUAUUCCACUCAAGAUGUCGUAAAGACAGCCAUCUCCAAUUGGGGCAACUCGACCACUGCAGACAUGGAAGAUUUCAGCUGCGAGGAGGCCCUGGACUGCUUGCUUGCCAUAUAUCAGGUACAACAGAAAACCUUCAUCGCCAACAUCACAACUCAAGUCAUCGAGCGACAUAUCGUCCGCGGCCUCCACAAUAUCUUCUCACCGAUAGUUGUCCUCAGUAUCAAACCGGAGAAGAUUGAGAACAUGGUCGCGGAGUCCUCAACUGCGAAGCGGAAGAGAGACUUCCUGGUCGACCAGACUGAGAAGCUGAGGGAGGGGAAGAAGAUAUUCCGUGGCAUCGGCGGGAUCUAA